AUGUACACAAAAGUUGUCCGUAUGACAAUGGAAUUACGUUACAAAAAGUGGCGCUUAAGGGAACAUACUCGGUGUACUACCCUGAAAUUUGCAACUAAGUCUCUUAUCAAAACUCGUUGGCGAACUCUCAGAUUGUUACGUGCUACAAAUGCUUCAGAGUUCGAUAGAAUAACAUCUGCUCUGAAUAUUACUGGUUACCAACAUGUUGAUCCUUUCCAAAUACCUACAGAAGAUCCAAUUGUUGAAUGUAAGAUUUCUGUACGAGCUAAAUACUACCAGAGACGCGUCGUUAAACUUGCUGAAGUGAAAACAAGCAUUACAUCUUCUGAACAACAAUUUUAUGAGCAAAAGAAUUCUACUUUAUCAAAUCUACUGGAGGAUUUAAGUUCGCUAGUUGAAUCCAAUGAUUCACAAGCUAAAAAAAUUGGUGCUGAAAAAUUAAUGAAAGAAUUGUUUAAUGAGGUUGUUGAAGAACGAAGUUUGGAUGUUCUUUCUGGACCAGAAAAAGAUCGCUUUUCUUGGUAUGCCAAAGAGGCUGAGAAACGACAAAAGUUAGCUGAUAGUCAAGCGCGAAAAGCAGAAAAACAACAACGUAAAACACGGAAGUAGACGGAGAACAUUGUUGCCGGCUGACUAUAUUGUUUAUUCGCUUUUCUUACCUGUUAACUUUUGUAUAAACUACUUGUACAUAGUUAUGC